CUGCACAUGAGGAAGGCUACAAUGGGAUUGAAUGUGAAACUUCACUGCCUCUGCCUUGAAAAUUGCCCUUCAGAAGGAGGAAAUCUGCCUUGUGUGGUGGCUGGCCUCAAGGGACAGGGCCCAUUGUAGAAGGAAAUGGAUGGAAGGCACAUGGGAAAACGCAUACCUGUGGUGGUCUAGUCCGUGGAAGCCCUUGUGGGGCCCUGGCCUUCUGGGAUGUCGCCAGGCCUGGACGCAUGGCUGAUUCCUGAGUGAUGAUGGUUCGCCGGGGGCUGAUGGCCUGGAUUUCUCGGAUGGUGAUUUUGCUUGUGCUCUUGUGCUGUGCCAUCUCCGUUCUCUACAUGUUGGCCUGCACCCCGAAGGGCGAUGAUGAGCAGUUGGGACUGCCCCGGGCCAAUGGCCCCACGGGGAAAGAGGGGUACCAGGCUGUCCUGCAGGAGUGGGAGGAGCAGCACCGCAACUACAUCAGCAGCCUGAAGAAGCAGAUCGCGCAGCUCAAGGACGAGCUCCAGGAGCGGAGCGAGCAGCUCAGGAACGUGCAGUACCACGCCAGCGACGCCGCGGGCCUGGGCCCCGCCGCCGAGAGAACCCCCGCGGACCUCGUGGCCUUCCUGCGCGCCCAGGUGGACAAGGCGGAGGUGCACGCCGGCGUCAAGCUGGCCACCGAGUAUGCAGCCGUGCCUUUCGACAGCUUCACCCUGCAGAAAGUCUACCAGCUGGAGACAGGCCUCACCCGCCACCCCGAGGAGAAGCCUGUGAGGAAGGACAAGCGCGAUGAGCUGGUGGAAGCCAUCGAAUCUGCCUUGGAGACUCUGAACAGCCCCGUGGAGGGCAGCCCGCCGCAGCGGACCUACACGGCUUCGGAUUUCAUCGAAGGGAUCUACCGCACAGAAAAAGAUAAAGGCACUUUGUAUGAGCUUACGUUCAAAGGGGACCAAAAACAUGAGUUCAAGCGGCUCGUCUUGUUUCGACCAUUUGGCCCUAUCAUGAAAGUGAAGAAAGAAAAACUCAACAUGGCCAGCACACUUAUCAACAUCAUCGUGCCGCUGGCCAGGAGGGUGGACAAGUUCCGGCAGUUCAUGCAGAAUUUCAGGGAGAUGUGCAUCCAGCAGGAUGGGCGAAUUCAUCUCACGGUUGUUUACUUUGGGAAAGAACAAAUGAAUGAGGUCAAAGGAAUACUUGAAAACACUUCCAAAGCUUCCAACUUCAGGAACUUUACGUUCAUCCAGCUGAAUGGGGAAUUCUCUCGGGGAAAGGGACUGGAUGUCGGCGCCCGCUUCUGGAAGGGAAGCAACGUCCUCCUCUUCUUCUGUGACGUGGACAUCUACUUCACCAGUGAAUUCCUCAACACAUGUAGGCUGAACACCCAGCCAGGGAAAAAGGUAUUUUAUCCAGUGCUUUUCAGUCAGUACAAUCCUGGCAUCAUCUAUGGCCAUCACGACUCCAUCCCUCCAUUGGAGCAGCAGCUGGUCAUAAAGAAGGAAACCGGAUUUUGGAGGGACUUUGGAUUUGGGAUGACUUGUCAGUACAGAUCAGACUUCAUCAAUAUAGGUGGCUUUGACUUGGACAUCAAAGGCUGGGGAGGAGAGGAUGUGCACCUUUACCGCAAGUACCUCCACAGCAACCUCAUCGUGGUGCGCACGCCUGUGCGGGGCCUCUUCCACCUCUGGCACGAGAAGCGCUGCGUGGAUGAACUGACCCCAGAGCAGUACAAGAUGUGCAUGCAGUCCAAGGCCAUGAACGAGGCCUCGCAUGGCCAGCUGGGCAUGCUGGUGUUCAGGCACGAGAUCGAGGCCCACCUCCGCAAGCAGAAACAGAAGACAAGUAGCAAAAAGACAUGAACUCCCAGGGGUGGGGUGUGGGAGACAUCUUUCUAUAUUUCUUUUUGCAGUUCUCAAAAGACUGACUACAAUGAGAAAAAGACUUUCUAUAAAGGGUGGCAAAAGAA